UGACACAGUGAAACUGAGCCAUAUUGGGAUCAUUAUUCAUGAGCUGUGCCUGCCCUGUGAGGAUUCCACACAGAUGCUGUGUGGGUUUCAAACUCUAGGGAAGGGGAGAUCUAGGCUGUGGUGUUCCCAUACAGAUUUGUACACUCCCAGUGUUGCAGGAUCUAAUCAUUUGGUCGCGGCCCAUUUCUGCUGCAAAGCUGCAGUAGGGAAGAUGUAGUGCUUGGCCUGUGAAGGUUGAACAUGGCUGACCUGGUUCAUAAAAGGGGGAAGAGGCGGGACGACAAUGGACUGGGCGGUGCUGUUGACUUCCUGUUGGCCAAUGCCAGGCUGGUGCUUGGGGUGGGGGGUGCUGCUGUGCUGGCCAUCGCAACUCUGGUGGUGAAACGGCUGAUAGACCGAGCCACCAGCUUGCCUGACGAGGACGAUGCUAAGGCAGAGCAGAAGUCCAUCAAGGAGAGCUGGCAAGAUCUGAGCUUGAUCAAGGCAGAGCCGAAGCCUCCAAAGAAGCAAAGCCGGGCAGACCUCAGCGAGUCUCUGCUGUCCCCAUCUGCGACCCUUCCUGCCCAAGCCGCUGAGCCUUUUGGCCAUCCCACCUCCCCAGAGACUCCCCAAGUAGAAUCCAGGACUCUGCUUUGUCUCACAUUCCAGGAGAAACUCCUCUCUUACUACAGAAACCAUGUCACCAUCCCGGAGACGGACGUGGCCCUUGGUAAGCAGCUGGCAAAGGACAUCUGCAUUGAACUGCAGAGCUUCCUGCAAAACAAGUGCCCAGAACUGCCCUUCGGCAGCAUGUUCCUCAGUGGUUCCCUCUGCGAUGACCUCCAGGUUGUUGCUGCCGACCAUGUCUGCUUCAUGCUGCCCUUGGUACUUGAAACCACGCUCUGGAGCCUCAUCCCAGGAGAGGACACCAUCGUAAAAGACCCCCAGUUCUGGAUGAUCAGGCGGACUGACCUGGAGUACUUCCCGCGUGGGAGCAGCCCUUGGGACAGGUUCCUAGUGGGCGGGUACCUCUCCUCCAACGUGAUCAAUGAGGCGCUCCAUAAAAUGCUGGUGACCUCCAUCAACUGGCCUGCCAUAGGCAGCAUGUUGGACUGCCUCAUCAGACCCGUGAUGGCUUCUGAGGAGCUGAAGUUGGAGGUUAUGCAUUACAAGACCCAGCUGAACAUAACCCUCUGCCCAGUGACAGAAGCUGGGGAUAAGGUUCUUCUUGCUAAGCCUUCAAAAGGACUAGUGGAAAACCUCUGGCGACAAAGCUUUUAUAGAUCAGAGGUCUCCAAGCUUAAAGAUCUGGAUGCUGCAGACUCUGGAGCCAGGCAGUGCUGCCUCAAAAUCCUAAAAGGCAUCUGUAAAAAUCAUCCCUUCUUGAGCAGACUGACUGGCAGCCACCUGACUCAUGUCCUCCUCCACAUGAGUGAAACUCAGUCCGACUGGGCAGAGGAAGCCCUGGCUGCGAGGUUCCAGCACGUGCUUGAAACGUUGGUUGGCUACCUGGAGACUGGCUUCCUCCCCUGCUAUUUCAACAGUCAAAUUAAUCUCUUCUGCGAGCUGCUGGAAGAGGAGAUAGAUGAGCUGGGGUAUGCACUCUACAGUGCAGUAUCUCAGCCAGACCUCUUGUUGCAGGAACAUGCGGAUAAAUGAAUUGCUAGCCUGGGCGUUCCUGGUUUUUUGCGCUUCUCUGCAUCCACUUCUCCAAGCUGAGUGGAUUGCAAAGCUUCUCACGUCCUAGUUGCUACCAGGUGAAAUUCUUGCACUUAGUGAUCAAAGUCGUCACUUUUUUUGACCCAAGGUGCCUGAGUAAAGGGAUGGGAAAUGGGAUCUGGAGCCCAUCACCACCAGGUCUUGUCACUUCCAGUCCAGCCCAUGGCUGUAGUCAUGAGAAGUCAGGUACCAUCUAUUGAGUGGUGAGGCCUGGGUGAAGUGUUUGGUCUCUGUCCUGUCCCUACCAAACUGCCAUCAUGGUUGUCACGGUAGCAUGAGGCAGCCCAGGAUUGUAUGGGCCUGGAACCUGAACUUCCCCUUGUUCUUGGAGGUAGUCCCUUCCAGACCAAGACCCUCGUUGGUGAGUGGGAAACCUUACACUGCCGCUGCACCUUGGCUGUGUCUAAACUGGACUUGUCUUCAGGGCUCUCAAUCCAGCCCCUUUCAUGAGCACAAAAUUCAUUCUGAAAGUGCCAGAUUCUAAACUUAUCAGCAGGUUCCAGCACCACCCUCUAUGUAUUUGCAGACCCAGGAUGCUGGCAGCAUGAAAGGACAGGGCUGAGGGGAGGAUCAGUUGAAACUGAUUAAGCACCACAAGAAAUUGCCAUAGCCAAUCCAAUCCCAUCUGCUUUUUCCUGACCCAUUUUCAGUGUUACUAGUGUAGCUCCCAACAGGGCAAGCUAAAUCUAACCGGUGUUACUCGUUCUGUUCGUGUGAGCUCUAAUACUAGGGGUUCAGUAUCCUGAUCGUGAGUCUUUUUAUGUUUUAACUCUCCCUCCUUAUGCACUUCAGCAGGGGCUCCACAGCAGGAUUAAGGGUGGUGGUGAUUGAGGGACAGAGAUGAGUCCUACAGGGUUGUUUCCACAAAGCCUUUCCGUGUAGAUGGACCUAAGUGAUCCUGAAUCUUGCUACAGCUGUGGAGGAGACACACAAGACUGUCACAUGGCUGCAAGAUAGGACAGUGCUGUUCCCAAGUCCCCCUCUGCUUUAAAAUGAAUCAUGUUGACAGUCCCCACUCCAGCUUUUCAGAUUAGUGUUUUUAUGCAUGUGUUGCUGCUGUCUAGAUCCUGCCCCUUCUCAGUCACCAGUAAGACUCUGCUUACCCCCAGAAAGGGGCAGGAGGGGACAAUGCUUUAAUCAGAAGGCUUCCUGUUAGCAAGAGCUGAAGUGAUUUUAUGUUUGUCUUCCUGUUAAGAAUGAGAUGGUCUUAUAGUGCUGCUGAUUUACUUUGGUACUAGCUUUAUUUCAGAUACUAGAAUACGUUUUCUGACUGUUCUCAUGAAUUAAGAACCAUGCCUGUUUUGCACACUAUGGGUAGAAAAUAAACCUGCAGCCUUUUACUGUGA